CUGUAUGUUGCAAUUAAUAGAAAUGAACGAGGCCACAUCAAGUGUGCACCACCUGACCGAGUUGCAGGUUGCCUCCUUGCCUCCCAUGGCCUUAUCAACAUCCGAACCCGAAGCACAGGAAUGUGGUCAUCCGAGUAUGGAUCUCCUCAGAUCUCCCUAGGUCCUACGGCCUCCGUCAAUGAUCCAGCAUCGGCUCCGCUCCACAGCACACCUCUUCGUACCACUCAGAUGGCGUCCAGCCUUCGGGUCGAGCCUGAUCCUCGUCAUAUGACGGAACUCUCCCUUAUCGAUCGAUACAAAUCUGAGAGUAAUCUCUACCAGUUGAGUUACUUGGAUGACUCUGAUGAAGAGACUGAUCGAGAUACGAAAAAAUCGCUUCUUUCUUCUCGUCCAACAAGUGAAUUGAAAUCAUCGGAAUUACCCGCUGAUUUCGAAAUAGCUCCUAAAUCUGAUAAAUGUCCUCUUGAUGCUGUUCGAAGAUUUUUAGUCGAAAUCAACGGGAAAUCAACUUCAGACGCUGUUUUUGACUUCAUUCAAGUCCUUGCGAAUGACUUUGCGUUAAUAAGUGAAGAAGAGGGUUAUAGAAACAAUAUACCCUAUCCCCCUGUUAGUCAAUUUGUUCUAGAUAUGCUUGAUUAUCGUCUUGGUCUGAAGGGUGCUCUUGAAAUCAUUCCACCAAUCUCGCCUCUUAGACGGCAACGUCCCUCUCCUCAAAUAAGUAAUCUUGAGACUGAGUAUGACUUCGAUAGUCUCUAUGGAAACGAACUACCGGAAUUGCCCUUUCGAUCGACUUUUGGUCAAAAUUCCUCUCCGCUUCAUGUCUCCUCACAAAAUAUUGGUCCAUUUCUCACCUGCUUAAUCAGUCGAAUUGGUAGAAUGCAUGAGAAUUGCCUCUAUACCAAUCUAUUGUUAACGGAUAUUGUGUUGAUUCUCGCUAGUUUUCACCAAUUUCCACUGGCCGAUGUGCUCCUUAGAUGUCCAGAACUGCCUUUUAAAUCAUCAAAUCAGUCCCUCUACCAGGUCCUAAGUUGUCUGAGGCGUGAGUUGGAGAAAAAAUUGUCCAGGAUUCCUGACUGGCAUUCUUUGGUCGAUCAAGCUAUGCGAUUUCUAAGAGGACAAAAUCUGCGAAAUCCUGAGGUUGCGUUGCCAUCUCCAGUGGCUAUGGCUGCUACGCCUAGCUUUGCAUCCGACGAGGAUAUUCUAGCAAUGGAUCGCAGUCGUACUUCCCUUCGUGCGCCAUCAACACCACAAUUAUCUCAAGGUCGUUCUCCCCUGCCCACUCGUCCACCUGUGCCCUCCAUGGUACAUCAGCGUUCCUCUAGUGCAGCUCCUCGAACGGUUGUCUUAGAGCCCACUGUGGCGAUCCAUUCACCUCCCCCCAAUAAACCGACCCCCCAGUCGCGCUCUCGCCCCCCACGUCGCUCUUCCAUCGAUCGCCUUUCCCACCUCCUAUCUCAUCUUGGUUCACCUAUUUUGCCUCACAAUCCUGAUUUACAAACUCCCCCUUCCAGACCACCUCCUCCACCAAAUCCUAUUCCCAUGGGCACGCGCAAUCUCAUCUUCGCAUAUGUUGUUUUUAGCGAAUUCUGUCUGGAGUUAGCUGCUCUGGCUUGCGAACAUGAAGUGUCUGCAGCGAGUGUUCAGCCGCAGUUUGAGAAAACCCUAGACCUGGAGAGGUGUUUAGCGGAGUUUUAA